AUGUGUUUUAUAAAUAACAAAGAUGUGUUUUCAGUCAAACGGAGAAAAAGUGAGAGAAUAAAAGGAAAAUGGCUUUCAAGGGUACCCGGAAACCCACCGGACAAGCCAAUAAUACUGGAUGAAUCGGACACAGAAGAAGGAUCACCUUUACAGGUUGAGCGUGUUAAAAAACAUAAAGAAACAAUAGACAGCAAAGUAUCGUCCACACAACAACCGCCUGCCGGUACCCUUCUGUCUGACAUUGCACAUCUCUUUCCGAACGUAAUGGAUAAAGAUGUCGUAUUACAGUCGGAACCAAACGAAAAAAGUGAAAUUCCCAUAUCCGCCACAAACAAAAAGGGAAACGAAACCGGUAAGAAGAGGAAGCACAAAGAGGCUGGAAUCAUACCGGAAGAAAAGAAAGCUGCGACUGUACAAACGGUUAAGCCGAUUAAAGAAGCAGCACACGGUACGACAAUAGACGAUUCUGAUGAUGAUUUUGACAACCCACCUUGGAAAAAAACAAGGUCAGGUGCGGGUCAAAAAGUAGUUGAAAAAACACAACAACCCGCAUAUGCUACAUCAAUCAAAGACUCUAAAACACACAAGAAGCGACAACCGGUAAAGAAUUACAUACCACUUGCUGAUGGGAAACUAACUAUGCGAUUGGCUCUUAAACACAUGGGGGAGUUAAUGGAAUCUUUGAACGAAAAUCAACGGGGGGCUGUCCGAAACAUAGGUUUCGGGUCAAUACUUAGCUUUCGAAUGGGUCCGAUUCCCUCAACUCUGAGUUGGUGGUUGGUAAAUAAUUACGACACUAAAACACGGGUCUUGAAUUGCGGUAGCCACCACAUUCAAAUAACAGAGGAAUUGGUGCACGAUGUGUUCGGAGUACCGAGAGGGAACGAAGAAAUAAAGGAAGUAGCGAGGGCAAGGGCUGAUUUCCACGAGGUUGUGGCAGAAUGGAAAGCACAAUUCGAAAGUGAUCCUGCACGCUUGACGCCUGUUCAGUUCAAAACAUACAUGCAGGGGCAACAAGCGAGCGGACGGAUCUUUGUGUUGAACUUUUUGUUGUUCUACAACACACUUCUGGGAGAGACAACUACGAAUUCAUCAAUUAAUAUGAAGUUUUUACCAGCAUUGCAUCGAGGGAAGGAUAUCAAAAGUUUUAACUGGUGUGAGUACAUGAUCAGGUGUCUGGAUCGAACGGUGGAAGCAUGGACACCAAAGGAGCCCUUCCUUGGACCAAUGCCAUUGCUAGUGGCUGCGUUGAUACGUGACCAGAAGAUAUACAAAGAAGGUGAACAAAGAGCAGCGCAUCUCAUCGAAGAUAUCAAUGAUGACGAUAUCGAGGCAGUGAGCAUAAAGUUGGACUCGGUCAGAUUAGAUCAAAUCUUAGUGGAAGAGUACGAGUUGCAACCGGAACAAAGGUAUCCAUUUGCAAAAAAGAGUGAUGAUGACAUCGAAGCAGAAGUAGUGAAAACAAAGAAAAAAGAUGAACCGAAGGCUGAAAAACACAUUACCAAGUGUGUUCCGGAAAAAAAGAAAAAAACAUUCGUAAAGCCGGCCGGUAAAGCACAUGGUAAACCUCCGGUCUCACCGUCACCGAAAAAAAAACAGACUGAAAAGAAGCUGCCGAAAGCCGGAGAGGCUGGGAAGAAGAAAAUUUUAAUUGAAAGUGGUCCGGAAAAUGCGCGUGUUGUAGAAGAAAUACCGGUUAAUGCGGGUUUCCAAGCCGAUUUCGCAGAUUGCAUGAAUGAAGAAGCUGGCCAGGAACGAGUGCCUAUUAUAGAUACAUCCGAUAUAGAAAGAUACUACCGAGAAACCGGCGAGUGGGGACAAACACAACAAAGUCAGCCGGGAAUUAGCUCAUCUAUGGCAUCUCAAUAUGGAUCGACACCAGCGACACAAAGCGACGAGGUACAUGCGGGAAUGUUGGAGGUUUUCUUGAAUCAAUUCGACGAAUGUGUAAAAAGGAUAACCGACACUUUUACAGAAGGUUUCCAAUUGUACCCCCAAAGUGAAAAAAUCAAAGAAGUACACAAAUUGUGGACAGAUAAGUUGAAAAAGGUCGGAUCAACGUGUACGACAACCGAACAACCACAAACUCCUGAUGAUAAAACACCGGAAAAAGAGGCAAAUAAGGAGAAUUUGGAUAUGUCACAGUUGUCGUAGUGGACACCUUCAUUGGCCGAAGAGGUA